AUGGGGGACGUGACACCAGAAGAGGAGAUUGAGCUCAGGGCCGCUCGCUGUGAGCUGUUUGAGUCCAGCAUGAGGAAUGAAGCAAGAAGACUGAGGACUUUUCAGCAAUGGCCAGGCACCUCACCUGUGUCUGCCCGAGAUUUGGUCAAGGCUGGCUUUUUCUUUGUGGGUCCAAGAGAUGAAGUACAGUGUUUCUGCUGCGGUGGUGUCCUGAAGGACUGGGGACCUGGUGAUUGCCCGAUAGCAGAGCACCUGAAGUUCUUCCCUUCCUGUAAAUUCAUUUGUGGUGAGGAUGUUGGGAACCAAGAGAUGCUUCCUCUUCAGGAAAUCUUUGACACUGUGGAUGGGCAGUUCCUCAGUCUUUUGCAGGGGAUAGACAGUGAAGAGACAGCCCUGCCCAACGAACCAGAAUACCCAGAGAUGGUAACAGAGGAGAUGAGACUAUCAACCUUCCAGAACUGGCCGCCAUACACUGACGUGCAUCCUGAGCGAUUGGCUAGAGCAGGAUUCUUUUACACAGGACAAGGUGAUGUAGUGAGGUGUUUUUACUGUGAUGGAGGUGUGAGGAACUGGUCGUUUGGAGAUGAUCCUUGGAGGGAACAUGCCAAAUGGUAUCCGGGGUGUGAAUUUUUAUUGCGGUCAAGGGGGAGAGAAUUUGUUAGCGGUGUUCAGGAGUCCUUUUCUAGCACUCUGCUAUCUCCAAGAGAUUCCUGGGAUCAUACCGAACAAGAUUUCUCUGCUUCCCAAGAUCCUCUGAGGAACUGGGAAUUGCAGGCUCUUCCUUCUCUGGAUCAGUUUACCAUAGUGCAGAAUGUCCUGCAGAUGGGCUUUGACCCCACCUGGGUGGCUUACCUGGUAGAGAAUAAAUACAUACUGACUGGGACUUUCUACCUUUCUGAGUCUGAACUGAUUUCUGAUCUACUUCAGCCAGACUGGGAAGAGAGCAGCAGUGCAGAGGAGAGCAGAGAUGCUGUUCAGAGAGAGACUGAAACAUCAAGUUCAAGAGAAGAAAUGCGAUCUGUGCAACAAAAGGAAUCAGAUGAGUCUCGGAUGAGCACAGAAGAACAGCUCCGACGCCUGCAAGAGGAGAGGAUGUGCAAAGUGUGCAUGGACAGAGAUGUGUCUGUUGUGUUUGUUCCUUGUGGCCACCUGGUAGCUUGUGGAGAAUGUGCCUCCAAUUUGAGAUUGUGUCCUAUCUGCAGAGCAGUCAUCCGGGGAAGUGUGAGGACUUUCAUGUCCUGA